AUGCAGCUGCAGUUCCGGAGCUGGAUGCUGGCCGCGCUCACGCUGCUCGUGGUCUUCCUCAUCUUCGCAGACAUCUCGGAGAUCGAAGAAGAAAUCGGGAAUUCUGGAGGCAGAGGUACAAUCAGAUCAGCUGUGAACAGCUUACAUAGCAAAUCUAAUAGAGCUGAAGUGGUAAUAAAUGGCUCCUCAUCGCCAGCUCUUGUUGACAGGAGCCAUGAAAGCAUUAAGCACAACAUCCGGCCAGCUGUGUCCAGGUGGAGACACAACCAGACGCUGUCUCUGAGGAUCAGGAAGCAAAUUUUAAAGUUCCUGGAUGCUGAAAAGGACAUUUCCGUCCUCAAGGGGACCCUGAAGCCUGGGGACAUUAUUCAUUACAUCUUCGAUCGAGACAGCACGAUGAACGUGUCCCAGAACCUCUACGAGCUCCUGCCCAGAACCUCACCACUGAAGAACAAGCAUUUCCGGACUUGCGCCAUCGUGGGCAACUCAGGGGUCUUGCUAAACAGUGGCUGUGGGCAGGAGAUUGACAUGCACAGCUUUGUCAUAAGGUGCAACCUGGCCCCCGUGCAGGAGUAUGCCCAGGAUGUAGGGCUCAAGACAGACCUGGUGACCAUGAACCCCUCGGUCAUCCAGCGGGCCUUUGAGGACUUGGUCAACGCCACAUGGCGGGAGAAGCUGCUUCAGCGGCUGCACGGCCUCAAUGGCAGCAUCCUGUGGAUUCCUGCCUUCAUGGCCAGGGGCGGCAAGGAGCGCGUGGAGUGGGUCAACGAGCUCAUCCUGAAGCACCACGUCAACGUGCGGACUGCAUACCCCUCACUGCGCCUGCUGCAUGCCGUCCGUGGGUACUGGCUGACCAACAAAGUCCACAUCAAAAGACCCACCACUGGCCUCCUGAUGUACACCCUGGCCACGCGCUUCUGCAACCAGAUCUACCUCUAUGGCUUCUGGCCCUUUCCGCUGGAUCAGAACCAGAACCCGGUCAAGUACCACUAUUACGACAGCCUCAAGUAUGGCUACACCUCCCAGGCCAGCCCCCACACCAUGCCUCUGGAAUUCAAGGCCCUCAAGAGCCUGCAUGAGCAGGGGGCUUUGAAACUGACUGUCGGCCAGUGUGAUGGGGCCACGUAAGGGGGGCAUCCUGGGGGACUCAGAGGCUCACAUUUUCUGCCAGCUACACCACAGGCAGAUGGGAGUCAGGGUGGCACAAACAAUAGAACA